AAUCCUUUCAAAUAUUGUCUCUUAAGACCGAAGACGGUGAUAGCGGCGGCCGAAAACAAAUUUCUCAUCUCGCGAAGCGUUUAAGUCCCGCAUCGACCAUGACUUCACAAGCACCCCGGGUUUGCCGGAUAUGCAAAGCCAAGAAGAAAGCGUGCGGCAAAGAACUGCCAACCUGUUCCUACUGCUUCAAACGUGGUUUCGACUGCAUCUACGACACCGAGACCGAUACACCGCCAAUUAGCGACGAUGUAGCAGAAGUGUUUAAGCCCUGGUCUCUUACGUUAUUCCCCAUGGUUGUUUCCACUGCCACUCUCAAUAGAACGAUGGCUUAUCAUAUGCACUUCCUAUACAGAGUAGUCGGCCAAUCUCCCCUCCAGGCCGGGAAACGAUUUCUUGAUAAUUUUCAGAGAUGGUUACCCGUCAUAGCCCCACGGCAACUGCAUGAGCAUAUUGAGUUAAGCGAGCGAGGACUUCCUGGGGCCGACGUUUCUGUUCUGUUGCUUGCGAUAUGUCUUGUCACUCUACGGUUUGGCGGAGACUUGGGCGAUCCUUUGUUCCACCAUUCCGCGGUACAUGUGACAGUGAAAACACUGUACGCUCAAGUUCAGGCUAUGAUGCAUGCCAGCGUUGCUCUGAUUCAGGCCGGCGUUAUCUUAUCGGCUUAUGAGUAUGCUAGUGGCCAGAUUGAUCCAGCUUACAUCUCUAUUGCUGCCUGCAUUAGAAUGGCACAGGUUGUUGGUGUCGACACUGCAUAUAAGAAGCUGGGUGCUGUUCAAGAAGAGACUAGACUACAAGCUACGUCAGAGUGGAACUUGUGGUGGUCCAUCAUUGUCCUGGAAAGGUUUAUCUUGCUGGAGUACAGUAGUAACGGACGUCGAGAUCCCAUAGCAGUCUGCCCCGGCUCCGACGAACCUUUGCCUUCUGACACAGAAUCCAACGGUGAAUUCAUUCCAACGUACUGCACCAUGUCAUCCUCGACUAUUCAGAGCUCCUCUGGUUUGAGCAGUUUCGGUCGACAAGCGCAAGCUAUCUACAUGCUUGACCACUGCUUGCAUGAGACGAAGCAAUCUAAGCAAAGCGACUCUGAGUCACAGCUCUUGAAACUGCAACUACUGGAUAAAGACUUGCAAGAGCGGAUGUCUGUCUUCAUGACACAGACACCGCAUGAGCCGGGUCUGCGAUGCGGAACUAUUGCAACAGUAAUGAGGUCCUUGUACAUUGUGCACGAGAAGAUACUGUCGAUAGCUGUCUCGUUACCUGCAGAAGCUGACAAAGAGGGAUGGAUAAAGAGCUCUGAAGCUGCGUUGGAAACGAUUACCAAGAUCAUGGUUGACGUCGCGAAGCAUCACUUGGACUAUAUUGCCCGCUCCGGUGUUGACAGCUUGGCUUUCUGUUGUGCAUGUAACCUUCGGGUAGCUAUAAGAUAUACUGAAAAUCGCUGUAAACAUGGCUAUGUAUGUAAGAGUCUAUUGGAUGGCUUAGGUUAUCUCAAAGCACUCGAAACGAUGUUCAAUCAGAGAUGGAAAUUGAAUUAAUGGCUUACCAUAGCUCUCAACCGAUUACCUUUGCGGGGUUUCUAUUCCCAU